ACUGGCCAGGGUUGCAAAAUAUGACAAUUUCUCUGAAAGGUUCCUCUUUAUAAAAGUUUCUUCUUUGUAGUUCCUCUUUAGUCAUAUUCCUCUUCUUUUAUAGCUCUCAUUUGCCCUUUAUCAGUCGAUGUUGUGAAAAACAAAUAAGCUUCCGCCAUGUUCUCCCCAUGCUUUGUUUUCGGGGGUCUCUUAGCUGCAGCCUUCUUCACCCUGGCUGCCACAGACACAUGUCCAUCUGCGGGACACCCAGGAAUGCCGGGGAUUCCGGGAUUCCCGGGACGGGACGGCAGAAAAGGAGAGAAGGGACAAAAGGGGACACCAGGUAUGACUGUUAAAUCAGACCUAAUGACAGCAAAGGGGGAGAAAGGAGAGGAGGGUGCCAAAGGAUACCCCGGGAAGAUUGGCCGCAGUGGACCACAGGGCUUGCCGGGUAGCCCUGGGCCAAUGGGACUACCGGGGGAUAGGGGAGAGUCCGGUGUCCGAGACAAUGCCCUGCAGUCUGCCUUCAGCAUGACAAGGCGCACCUAUGAAUACCCAGUUCGAAACAGCCCAGUGCGCUUUGACACAGAGAUUACCAACAUCAACAAACAUUUUAACGUAACCACUGGAAAGUUUACCUGUCACAUAGCUGGUUCUUAUUACUUUGUCUAUCACACCUCGGCCCGCGCCUCCCUAUGUAUCCUACUAAUGAAAGACGCGGAGCCUAUAGCGAGCUUCUGUGAUCAUUCGUACAACUCCUACCAGGUGAGCUCUGGUGGCCUUGUGGUGUACCUCAGGAAAGGCGAGUCAGUGUGGCUGGAGACGAACGACUAUAACGGCUUAACUGCCACUGCAGGAAAGCAAAGUGUCUUCUCUGGGUUCCUGCUAUACCCACACUGAAAACGUUCUAGAUCUGCUGAGGGACAUGCUUUGAAAUAACCCAAGUGCUUUAAUUCAACUGGAUAUUAUUGGUGAUAAUCCAGAAUAAGCCACGUAACUUACAUCAUGUGAUUUGCUUUGUACCUCUGAUGAUUUUUAGGUGAACAUGGAAAUUCCUCUCUAUAUAAAAAAAUAAAGUCAUGGGACCCAUUUAUUUCUGA